AUGUUGACUCGGGGCGAAUCUGGGUUCUGGGAUGCCCCCUCGACGAAGGUUGAUUGUCCAGCUCGUACCGGAUGCGUGCACCGGUGCACACGGACGCCAAUUCAACCGAAUACAUCAUCGAGCAUGGAAUGGCAGCCAUGGAGAGUGGAGGCUGGACUUCGCCGCUUACGUGCAGCCGUAGCGAACAGAGCUCCAGUGAACCUCUCUGGAAUCCUUGAACUGGAGCUUGAGCCGGAGCUGGAGCCAGAGCUGGAGCUCGAGCGGACGGAGGGACGAAAAGCCAAGCUGUCGAGUCUCCCUUACAAAAAGUACAAGUACAGGUUGGACGAGGGGAGGGCAACGCAUCGCAUCGCAUCCCAUCACCAGCCUGUCCAGUCCAGUCGGGAGAGGGGUCUGUGUGGGCUCUGGAUUUCCACUUCCACUACCGCCAUGUCCGUGUCCGUCCAAAAGGCGAAUGGCAACCUGUCCGAGGCGGCGACUAACCCGAUGAAGCCUCGUCCUUGA